GUGCGCGUGAUGCUUGUGGUGUAUGACAGCCAGAGUUGUUACUUUUUCCGUCGGGGUGAACCGUGUGCAAUUACAGUGGUCCCGCAUGGAGAUACCUUUCCGCCGUGUCCAGGUGAUGUGCGGGAAAAGAUGACCUUCUCCGGCCAAGAGCUGAAAGACCUGCUCUCCAGUCAGACUUUUACCGGCUUUUUUGACCGAAUUGAGGACGAAGAGGUCGUGCGCCACAAUCUUGGGUUCGGCUUCGUUGCUGCUGAGAAUAGAUCCGCGAGCGAAAGCAGCGACGGCUCAACGUCGGAGUUAACGUCUUCUAGUUCUAAAGUUUCGUCGGGCAGUUUCCCGGGACCAUAUGAUUAUCAUGAGAAACUUCUGGGAGGUCGUGAGACCGAGGAAAGCGGUACUCAGUCUGCCUCGACACGUGUUGGUGGAGACGCAAGCUGCAGUAGUGCGUCCUGCAAUAGUGUGUCUGGUCCGUUUGUUGAAACGGGCGAGCCUGGACACGACCCCUUCAAUCCCGUUCCGAAGACGAUUCCUAGACAGAUGCUGCCCUUUGCGACGUUUCUGAAAGAUGACAGCUUGUCUGAAGGGGGCGACAGUGCCUCGCCAGGUACCGACGCGGAUAAUGGGCGUUCGAAUGCCGGAGCGAUUGCACCGCCACCGCUUCGAAAGGCUGUCGGUGGAAGUAGUUCGAAGACCUCUAGCGUGUCUUCUUUGAGUCGGAACUCCAGCCAUGGAGUCUCGCAGUGGCCGUCGCAAGGCACGACUUGCGCAUCCAGUGUAGCAAGUCGUGCAGCUGACGGGGUUGCAGCUCGGCGACGCCGACGCCAGGAGGCUAAAGCGACCCCAUUCGCUGCUGCCGCAGACAAUCACGAAGGGCCCAUGCGGUCUUUUUCUGUCCUCGAAUCGGUGGCCGAAAUGAUGCAUGAGUGCGGGGGCGGCCCGGUAAUGUGGGUGAACAAUCGAAAGUUGGCGCAACAGGAGUUUGUCGAUAACGACGGCAACGUGGAGGGAAUCCGUGUCGCGGUCGAGCGGCUAAGUGCCAAGUAUCAGCGCCUGCAGAUAUCGCUGGACAUCUGCGACCUGAGCACUACGUCAAUUCUCGGCGUAGGCAAGAAUCGGGAAGAUCUGAAAGCAGACAUGGACGAACUGGACGCGCGGGGCGCAGCAAACUGCUUGCCGGAGGUUCUGGCGUUGAGGCAGCUAACGGAAUCUCUAGGAGGUCGCUAUGUCUCAGAACCGGAGUACAAUCAUUUCCCGGUGGAGCCGGUGAACAAGACGGUGCCGAACGCUUUCGAGCCAGCGGGCAGACGACGGCGCGACCAAAACAAGGAGGCGUCGACACUCGCAAUCGUAGCAGAGGAGCACGUGACGACUCUGCAUGGGGGUACGGCAAGCAAGGGGCGCGCCACAUCGCUCUCAGCGGCUGCCAUGGGUGGCGGCGGCGGCGGCGAGGGCUUUCUCGAAACGGACAUCGUGGCCAAUGGUGGCUGUACGGACGUCCUCGGUGACAAGGUGAAGCCGAUUCAGCGUAGGGUGUUGACGUUCGCCGAGUUGGCGGAGCGGCAAGCACGGCAGCGGGGCCUGUUACAAGACCAUGACGACGUGUGUUCGGAGGCAAGCGAGGAGGAGGAAGUCAUGGAAGAACGGCGACGUGUGAGUAGACAGGGAAGCAGCGCGGGCACUCCCGUAGACGUCGUAUUUCCGCCCUAUGCUGGAGACGGCGGCGACAAUGCGAUACCGACAGUUGGCUCGGUGCCGUUUGACCCCGCGGCGCAUCGGGGCCGCAUCCAAGCGUCGAACACUAGCUCGGCCGCCGGAAACAUGAUGAGGAGAAACAAUGAUCUGGCAUCCAAAUAUUGUCACACUGCGAAUGCACAAGCGGUGACGCGCCGCUGCAAGUACAGCAACCCUCGCAACAUGCUGAUAUCGGAUGGCCAUCUUUUUUGCUUCACCAGAACCGGGAUUCUGUUGGAUCCGAACAUGAUGCAGAGAGGAACUGAACCCGAGCGGGGUAUUUGGGAGCGAUACAACGGGAAGUCACGGAAUCAAAUGGCCUUGAUGGACGAAUUCUGCGAAUACGAUCGCAUUAGUGACCGGUAUCAUGCCAAUUGGAAAGUGCGUCUAGGAUCGGCUGUCGUCGCUCCCGCGUCGUCGUCCACGGCAGCUACGGGCAGGGGCUAUCAUGGAGGACUGCUCCGUCCUCGUGAACGCAGUAAGUUUUUCGCCAGUAAUAAUCCAUCCAUAACAAGUUCUGUGGGGUCUAGCAAUGGAAUUGGUGAUUCUAGUGGUAAGUCGACGCCGCCAGUCCGCCUUUCGGCAACACUGGGCGGCGUGGUUCCAAAUCCGCAAAAGGUGAACGAGUUACACGUUCACAAGCAGCGGCUGUGCAGACGAACAAUGCAGGUCGGAUUGGUCCUCAAGUUUGCCCUGGAGGAAUUCUUCUUCGAGUGGCGAUACGGCUAUUCGCGCGGUCGCAUCCAGUGUCGGGUGUCCGACAAUUACAAAGUUGUGGAAGCGCUCAACGAUCGAAUGAUGAAGGACAUAGACGGCUUCUUCUUGCCAAAGAUCGGGCCAGCGCAUUCCUACAAUUUUCGUCUGGUACCAUCGGGAACGCGGAUUGGGGAUGUACAGAAGGGCGAGAAGCUUUUAGCCCCCACAGGUGGAACGAGAGCAGGAGGUCUGCUCGCUGCGGCAGCUUCGGGCAUUUCGAACGUGGCCAGCGGUGGAGAGCCGGCAGGGUCCCAGGAGAGCACACCGACUCACCACCAAGUUGGCAGACCAGGUCACCUCAACAGCGUGUGGAGUAACAUGUCGCCGCACGGAUUAGCCGCAGGCGGAAGCAGCGGGACGAACAAUAGCGUCACAGGGAUGCCGGGCGCAGAUCCGGUUCUGCCGCCACCGUCUCCGGACCAGACACCGGUGAAAAAAUCUUGGCCGAUGCCCACGGUCCUUCUCGGUGAUGGCAUCAGACCUGGAGACCUUUUUGAUAUGGGAGGCCCCCAAUCGCCCAUCAAAAAAGGCGGACACUUCGGAUCGGGCACUAGGCUGAGCCGGGACUUCCUGAACGGUAGCGUUCCUUCGUCCUCCUGCUACAACAAUUCCGCCGGCGCAUCGCUCAUGGGCUGCGGGCGCGCUGGCUUUAACUCGACGACGGCGAGCAGUAGCGCUCCUCCCCUCGCGGAAGAUGGUCGUGCAGGAUCCUACUAUAACAUUGGCCGGAAUCUGCCAUCUGGGGCAGAGGGUUCGGGGGCGGGUCGAACGGGACCAAAGACCUGCGUUUAUCUGAAUGUUACGGAACUGCCUUAUCGUCCAUCUUCAUCUUGAGUAUUACCUUCGACGAGCCUCUUUCAUAUUUACACGAUAACAUAAAGCUAAAGGAUGGAGGAACAGGAUGUCUUUUAGGACGGAUCUUGGUACAAUAAGGUCUAAGAAUGAGGGGAACUGCGUCCUCACAAUGGGCCACGUCCAAGAGCAGACGUGCGCGAAGAAAGCGAUCAACUUGAAUCGCUAUUGCCAGAUCCAGACGAUCCUCAAUUUCCGUGAGAAUUAUACCGGAAAACGUAAAGUUCGCGUCUGCUCCUGCACGCUGCCGAUCGGCGCGGGACUCCGCAGUUUGUACGAGCGUGCAAAUGUGUGGCCCCUGUCCAACUUGAUGUUCAAACUCCCGGAGACUGAGCCAAAAAUUGACUGGAGUUGCUACGACAAAGCCACGUCCUCCACUACCACCACGACGGCGCUAGGAGCGUCGCCGCCAAAGCGCGUCCGCGUACAAGCCGAUCUGAAGCAUGCGAUGCAGCGACAAGACGAGGACUUGCUAGAGCAUCUGGAAUCGCUCGCCGAGCCCGAAAAGCCACCUACGGACAAACAGCUGCGCGUCCGUGUGCGUCAGAAAGAGUCUUCGCCGGCGGAUGCAGUGAUCACGGCGCUCGCAGAGGAACCAGUAGAGGGACGCUUUGACGCGAUGGGGGCAUUGGCGCGUGACCCGAGUAAGGAGUCGAGCUCUUCGUCCAGCAGCUCCUGCGCCGUAAUUCCCCCAUUGGAAGACGAGGAUCCCCCCGCCAGUGCGAGAAAAAAGUUCUCACGCUCGCAACUCGUGCCCACUAAUCCAAAAGCGCUAACGCCUUCGCAGCUACAAGCGCUGUUGUGCGCGACGUCGACCGCCGGAGCCUCCGCUGAUCGUCUGGUGCGUCUCUUUCUGGCCUUAGGCAUGCGCAACCGCCGACGAACCAUGUCGCUCCAGAAAGGAGAGGGACACACGGAGCCGAGUGUAUGCGACGAACACGGGCACAGGCAGAAUUACGACACGAUUGAAGAUAUCUGCGGACGCUUUGCACAGCUGGCGACGUACUACCGUCGAUUGCUCCUUCCGUACACCACUUGCCUGCACCACGAAGCAGCUUUCGAGAUCACCGCGCGAAGCGCCGCAGAAUCCGUGGCGCUGCUGCUGCGUCGCUGGGCGAAGAGCUAUUUCGAGAUGCUGGAGCAGGACCUGAAAUUUCGUCCGAGGCACGUGUACAUGCCAACAAACUUGCGACAUCUACCUCUCCUUGCACUGGGUGUAAAGCGAAGGCUGCGUCAGGUGUGCUCUCUGUGGCCCCGUCGUCGCAUGGGAAUAUCCCACAGCUGCUACUUCAUGUAUCCCCGCUGUUUUUCACCUGAACUCCACUCGCAGGCGCUGCACUGGCGGCACAUAGUCACGCAAAAUCAGGACCCGAUCUUGGUCAUGUUCGACGGCCAGCGAAUGCUUAUUCUUGUUUCAGAGGACUUUUUUCGAUGCAACGAUAGCGUCGAAUUCGUGAAGCGCCGGAAAAUCGUCACGGCCAAACCGAACUCUUAUCUUCUCGGCGCGCGACCUGGUUCGUCAUGAUAUUGUUCCUAUUGCCUAUGAUAAUUUCUCUUGUUAUUUGAUUUCAGAUUCUUCAGAAGAACUAAGUCCACUGCUUUUUCCUUAGUAGCGUUUCCAAACCAUAAAGCAAAAACUGUUUUUUCGAUAUUGUACAGAGGAAGACGACGGGACAACGGCCGUUGGCACUUUCGUCGUAACACCAUCUGACGGGACACCGAGUGAUGCGGGGGAAGACGAGGAACCGGUCGGAAUCUUGGACCAAAUUCUUAGACGAUACCUACUCUAUGUAAAGAGUACGGGACCUUACGAAGAGUGGAGCCGCGAAUAUUCUAAGGCCGAGACCACGCCAGACAAGAACAGCAACUUGCCAUCGUCAACAGAGUUAAUGUACUCAUGAUAAAUCUUUUUAUCAAUGUGAUUCAGGUGAUUCUUAUUUAUGACUACACAAUUUUUUUAGUACGUGACGGUGUACGAACUUACUCGUCAGGAAAGCUGCAAAGUACAGCCGUAGACCGAUCCCAUAAUCUGUUAUGCUUUUAACGAAGCAAGGAAUGUCUGCAGGAAGGAGUGUCUGCAAGGCUUUCAUGGUCAUCCGAUGUAGGUACAAUUGUUUGGCAUGCUUCCUCAUGAUCUCCAGGUGUCGCGACGGCACGUCAGUGGGUGCAGCUCCGCCGACGCCAGAAAAGCCAGCACCGGAGGAGGAUGAAGACGGACCACGUUGGUGCGAAGGCUACAGUUUCAAUUGUUCACAGAUGAGUCCGAAGAUGGGUCGCUUUUUGUGCGAAUUUGAUGAGCGAAACCUGUUUUCCGAUCGGCCCGGAGGACGUAGCGCGAAAGCGAGGGAUUCAUCCACGUCCGAAACUGUCCUGGUUGAAGGCGGUCCGGGGAUGGUGCGACCCUGCAGACCCGAAGAUUUGAGGGCCUACUCGCAAAUUCAGCACCAACAAGCCCAGCAACGGUUGCGGCGGCAGAUGGAAGCCAGUGGUAAUGUCUUGAUGCGUGCCGCGCACGUGCCACCAAGCGCACAGUCGCCAAAUAUAAAGAAGCAAGCCCACGCACCGGGAGGCACCCGCAUCGCCUCACCCGACAAGUCAGCACCUUCGAGAGUUAUGCUGAUGGAAUUUCAAGCGACAUUGGCAAGAGUAGCAAUGAAUGUCCUCGAAGGAUAUCUGUCCUUGAAAUAAAGUAGAAGAAUCCAGGUGUUGCAUCUAUUGGGAAGAAAUAUGUCGUGACCAUAUAUUUUUCUUCUUGAAACAGCAGUUUUGUAGUUAGGUUCCUAGCACGCAGAUUCAGGAUCUUGCUUGAAUAUCAGGUCCGAGUACAUUUACCGGACAGCUAGGACAUCUCAUCUUAAACCUAUAUUAGGCGUCUUUCUAUGUAUAUGGUAAGAAAUUUCACCUCUUCUUCUAAAUUGUGUGGUUGGAGUCCGGGAAGAAAUGGAGGUAAGGGAAAGGCCACGCCGGCUGUAGGACCAAUCUGCGUUCCUGUGAUAGUUGGUUCCGUGGGAGACUACGAGCGUGUGCUAGCUCGACAGGAGGGAGAGCGGGCAGUGCCACAGAUUCAUGCGUCUGCUCAGGCUCCCGUCUCGUUGCGGCCCCGCACGCUUGGUUACAGAACCGAGACGGCCUACAGCUCCUCGUCAUGUGAAGCGUCUUCCUCGUCGUCCUCAGGGAGUGGCGAAGGCAGAUCUUCGUCUUCGUCUGGCGUAGAAUUAUACUCGACCGGGUGUAGCAAGGAGCCAAGGAGCUCUUCAGCGACGCGGGAGACCCCCAGCAGUAAUGAAUCGCCCAGUUGCAGUGCUGACAUGGAUUCGUACAGUACCAGCAACGACUGCAGCAGCAGCUGUCGGUCCGACACGCCCCGAAAACGCGUGAGACUGACGAAUGUCGAGCUGCAGCGGCUGCGCAUCCUGUCGCGCGCCGUGACUGAUUUUCUCCUCGAAGUGCGGUGCGAGAUGAACUUCUACUCUCUAGAGCUCGUCUUUCUCAAGGACAGGGCCGAUUUCUUCCGUGAAGACAUUCACGGUGUUAAGAGUCACUUCUUGAUGGAGGACGAAACCAGUACAGACGAAAGUUAUCUCGGCUUUGUCGAAAGCCUCCACCGCAUGCUCUCUUGCAACGGAAAUUUCUGGCGGGGCCGCUUCGAUAAAUUCUUCACCCGUACGAGCUAAUAAGUAGACGUGGACCGCAAGACGGCGAAGAUACCAAACAGAAGACAGAGAUGAAAAUCUAAAACAAGAAGUCUAGUUUCCUCCACUAGGUUCGACUGAUCGAAAUUUAGACAUGUUCUCCAACUUGAAAUGUCAUUAGGGUCGUCCAUUUACAUUUAGGACUACUUAGUUGAGAGCUGGAGCUACUAUAUCAUGUGGCUCACUUAGAUAUGAGAUUACAUGAAAACUAUUAUCAUUAUGAUGUUUGAUCGCUACAAGUACUUACUUACAACUCUUGAACUUCACAUCUGCGUAUAAAUUUACAGUUCUUAGUACAGGCAUAGCUUGCAUCGCACGAAACUGUCACCUAGUUUGAAAUCCGACUAUUUAGUAAUACAAAACAUGAGCUUACGGAAAUACUGUUUGUGAUCAAAAUAUUGUCAUUCUGUCCAGAAUUACAAUUCAUCAAUGCAUUGCGAAAAAAGUAAACUAACUUUCUCCAAGCGGAUAUCAUACCAUGUGUGCAUCUUCAUGAAAAAGCAUACCAUCGUAAUUAGACCAGAGCUAAGUACCCUAUAUUCAACGCUUCACUGUAUUACUACAAAAUAGUCGAGAGCACACUCAAAGAGCUAUCCUCAUCCGAGCUACUGAUCAUAUCAAAUCCCCAUACCUCUCCUCUAACCUAUCUGAAUUUUUGCCCGCAUGAUCUGCCUAUCCUUCUCCUAAUAAAUAAUAAUAAUAAAAAUUAUAUAAUAAUAAUAAUCCUACCUGCAUAUGGA